AUGACAACAAUCGCCUCAUUAAAGCGGCUUUCAGCCAAAUCCCUCUCUGAGAAGAUCCUCGAGGAAGUCAAUGCCACAGAUCCCACAUUCGCUGUUAUCGAUGUUCGUGAUAAUGAUUACAUUGGUGGACAUAUCAAGGGCUCAACAAAUAUCCCCGCACAUACUCUCGAUGCCAUGAUGCCAACUCUGGUCCGUCGCCUCAAAGACAAAAAGACAGUUGUCUUUCACUGCGCACUCAGUCAACAGCGGGGUCCGAGUGCGGCACUAAAGUAUGUGCGUGAGCGGGAUGGCCUUUUGAAGUCUAUGGGCGAAGACCCCAAGGGAGAGAGCGGUCAAGAUGUGUUCGUGCUGGAUAGGGGAUUCUCAGGAUGGCAAGAGGUUUACGGAGAGGAUGAAAGAUUGACGGAGGGAUACGUUAAGGAUUUGUGGGACAAUUAUUAA